CACAUUUUUAUUUGUAACAUCGCCUUUUUGUUUGUUUUUAAUAUAUGGACAAACAGGCCAUGUUCUCCAUGUUCUUUCCUUCUUGUUAGAUUAAUAAUGGAGGAAAGAGAAGAUGGAGAAUGGCGUUUGGAAGGGGUAGGAAAAGCCAUUUUCUGAGUUAUAUUUCUCUUUUCAGGAUUAUAAUUUAUUUUCAUUGAAGCCUCUUCCGAUGACCCCAAAGGUGAAGGGUUUGUUCAAGGGAUUAAAGUAUAUCUCACAGAUCUUUGUUUACAAGGAACAAGAGAUGGAGAUAGGGCACCCUACAGAUGUGAGGCAUAUUGCACACAUUGGCUUUGACAGCGAUUCAAUACACGCGCCCAGCUGGAUGAGUAAAUACAAGUCUGCAUCGGAUAUUACCCCUGCAUCUCUGAAUGGUUUCAAUUCAGCUUCUUUGAAUGAUUUUGAGUUUAAGCAACCCAGAAGAUGGCAAUCAGUUUCUUCAUCUGAAAAUUCUAUAGAAAGCUCGUGCCCCGAGAUACCAAAACCUUUAAAGAAGAAGAAAAGAAAGAAGGUUCUGGUCUCAUCCCCUGUGACAUCUAUAUAUUCUUCAAGCUCUUCAUUCCCCACAACCUCCGAAGAACCUGUUGAAACACAAAGUCAUCUUCCAGUUACUUAUGAAGAAGUUAUACCUGAAAUGCCAAAUCAACUCCAACCUGUCAUCAGUGAACCUUUGUGUGUCUAAAAUAACACAGAUUUCUGUCA